AUGGAAACGGCAGCCACCCGGCGGUAUGACGUCCCCGACGAACUCGCGGCCGAGUUCACCCCCAACGAAGCCGACGAGCUCUCGGCGCUCUUCGAGUCGGCCGACACCAAUCGCAGCGGCGCGAUCGACGAAGCCGAAUUCAAGAAGCUGCUGGUGCGCAUGGACAUUCAGGUGCCCGACGAAGAAGCCGAUUUGCUUGUGAUGGCCGUCGAUACGAGUGGCAACGGCCUCAUCGAGUGGACCGAGUUCGUGCUCAUGGUGCUGCAGGCGCGGCGCGGCGACAGCCGGUACGCAAAGCUCAAGAGUCUCGCCGACGCCCUCAACGUGACGCCCAUCAACCUCCUCCAAGCUGAAGCCGACAAGUUCCAAAUGAAUGUGACCUACAAGCUCCUCGAAGAGCGGAAGGCGACCAAGUACAACCCCACGACGUAUCUUUUCUCGGUCACGAUCGACGCGCCGCACGACGGCGGGUCGCACGAGGUCUAUGAAGCGAUUGGCUUCUCGACCCGCGAAGCCAAAUUCAAAGCGGCCGAGCUCGCCCUCGUCAAGAUGCGCAAGAUGAAGCCCGGGUACGAGUUUCCCGUUGGCACGAUUCCCGACAAAUGGGACGUGUGGGCCUUUGCCAACCUCGCGCGCCGCGUCAAGCCGACGACGGUCUUGACGACCCUGGUGCAGAAAGGCUUUGCGCCAGCGACCAACUUGGUCUUUAUGAAGCGGCUCUCGGUGCGGCUCUCGUCGCGACGGCUGGUUAAAGAGGCACCGAUGGUGCUCACAUCAACAGGUGGCCUCCCGUCUGCGUGGCGUCGCUGGAUCGAUGACCAGCUCGCACGCGGCAUGGACGGGCGUCUCGUACUCUCGGAGCUCCAAGCGUAUGGCUUUGACGAGGCGCGGGAUCUGCAUACGACGCAAAUGCUCCAGCGCCACCCGCUUGCCGACGUCAGCUAUGAUUUCUGGUCGUGCCUGCACGCGGGAGACCUCUGCGAGGUGCAGCUGUUUGUGGCCGCUGGCCAUGACGUAAACCACGAGCGCCUCGACCGCCGGUGUCAAGUGGCCUUCACGCCCUUGCAAUUCGCGGCCAAGCACGGUUAUGAAGACAUUGCACGCUUCUUGCUCCAACAUGGCGCCAAGGUGAACGCGGCCAACAGCUUUCGCCGGACGCCAUUGAUGUUUGCUGCGCGCCACGGCCACCCGAACAUCGUGCAGCUGCUCCUUGACGCCGGCGCCUCGAUCGUCGCCACGGACAACCUUGAAAACACACCACUGCACCUCGCAGCCGUCGCAGGCUGCGCACAGUCGGCACGCGCCAUCUUGACAGCAGAAGCCAAGUACAUGCGGGCGUGCAUCGUCAACACCAACCCGGCGCUUUGCUUUUUGGACCAAGCCCGGGCGUUCCGGCGAGAACUUGCGGCGCUCUACGACGUUCUCAUGGAGAAGAAGCUGCCGCGGAAUGCCUACCGCCGCUUUGAGCAGGCGUGGAUCCCAGACGCGAUUGAUUGCGCUUACGAGCGCUUGUUCCGAGCAAGAACGCUCCCCGUUCUCAAGCCGUCGCGUGCUGUGAUCGAUCGCGUCUUGCAGCGCUACCGGUACCUACAAGACCAGUGCCCGGACGCCCUCGACGACGUCGAGCGCCAGCGGGUCGAGGACGCACGCGCCCACGGUGUGCACAACGCGACGCACCUCCAGAUCUACUUGGAGGCUAUGUUCAAAGAGGCGUACAAGAAUGCGCCCAACCGCCAAGGCCGGACCGCCCUGCAUUUGGCGUGCGAUGAGAACCUCGUGUGCAGCCACGAGGCCGUGCUGCGGGUCCUUCUGGAUACCUUCGGGUGUGACCCUAGCAUUCGAGACCACCUCGGGUAUGCACCGCUGGACGUGUUGAUUCACCGAAAAGGGCGACCGGGAAGCCCGCCCGAGGACAAAUUGUCAGAGUCCCGAGUUCGAAGCGACCGCGCCUCGCGACUUCAAAGCAACCAGACGCGUCGUCGGAACGAGCGAGAUGCUCAGCGACGGGCCUUUUUCGAGUCACAGCUGCUGCAGCUGCUCCCAACCCACCCGGAAACCAAUGAGAUUGAUCUGCGCGAGGCCAAAGCGCGAAGCCGCGUGUCACGUGUCCUCGGCGGGUGGCAGGAGUAUUGUGAUCCGGCGAGCAACAACCCAUUCUACGAGCACGUCGAGUCGGGGCACCUGACGCUGGAGAUGCCGGACGCGAUCAAACAGUCGAUCGCGAAGACCCUGCAGUGGUACACGAGGCGCGUCAACGGCCGCAUCUUGGAGAAGCGAGACGGCUGGACGAUGCACCGCGACCGGCGACGCGCGCGCGUCUUCUUCUUCAACCAAGCGACGGGAACGUACCAGUGGCAUCCACCCGAACGCGUCGACGGCUGGGUCAACACGCCGCCAAAUGUGCAAGCCACGUCCCUCGACGAGAGUGACGGGAGUGACAACGACGACAACGACGAUGUGACCGAGUUACUGCGGCUACAAGACGUGUCGGAGAAGCUCUUGCGCCGCCUCGGCGGCUGGGAAGAACACCGCGAUGCGGCGACGGGCGGUCGCGUCUAUUGCCACAGUGCGACGGGUCGUCUUACGCGGGAAACGCCAGACGAGGUGCUCCAUGAAGAGCGCAAGCGCCAGGCGUACACGCUUUUGAUCCAGUCGGCGCAGUACAUGGACAAUGUCGGCGCGUGGGACAAGUAUUACGACGAGACAACCAAGCACGUGUUUUACUACAACCACGGCACGGGCGAAGGGCGGCACGAGUCCGAAGGCAACGAGGCGGCGUGGCGCGCGGAGGCACAAGAUCCGGCAGCGACUGCCAAGCAAACGCGCCGGCUUUUCGACGACGAACUCGCCAAGCGCAAGGAGCAAGCCGAGUGGACCGAGGCUCUGCAGCGCGCCCACCGACGCGACAUUCACGCAACGGUGGAGCGUAUUGUGCCGCUCGAUGAGCACGGACGCCGCUUACAGCGUCUCAGCGCCGCUGUUGUGAGCGCGAUCCAAACGACGUUUGCAUCCGAGUCGGUGGGCUACCGCGACGCCCGCAUCGAGUCGGAGCUGCGGACGCUCCACAAAGCGUGGGCCCUUGGGCUCUUUGUGAGCCAGAAACACGACGUGCCGGUGGUGACUGGAACGCGCGAGAUUGCGGCGGCCAUCCAAGCCGACGAAGCCGAAAGCGCAGCUAUUGAAGACCACGAUCGCCAUCCAAGUCUCUCGGAGCGCCGCCGCGUCGAGCGCCUUCUGGAGGCUGCGGUAUCGCGUCUGGAUGCGAAAUGUGGUCUCUGUCUCUGGGGUUGUCAUCUGUGGCUGCGACUUGGUCUCGAGCUGGACGGGCACGAGAACGACGACUGUCGACACCGACUCAUGCUCUGUCGACUGGGCUGCACCGUGGUCCACGAAGCGCACGUGUGGACCGCGCCACACGGCGACACGACCGAGCUGGUGUGGCACGAGGCCGACGAGUGCGACACGCGGCUCGUGUGCUGCCCGUUGAACUGCGGUAUGUGGGUCGGCUUGGAUACGCUCGAGCUGCAUACGACCGAGAAAUGUGUGUGCCGCCCCGUCUCGGACCUCACCUGUCGCCUCGGCUGCGGCAAGCAUUUCGACGGCACCAACAAUCAGAUCUUGGAGCUCGAACAAGAGCGGGCGUGGCACGAGGCCGAGGACUGCCCGUUGCGCAUCGUCAAGUGUGCGUGGCCCGAGUGCCACGCGACGAUGCUUGCCAAAGACCGCAAGCUCCACCGACGCACGCACCUCUGUGCCUCGGGCAUAAGUACGUUCAAGGUGGCCGGUCAAUUUCAAUUUGUCGUGCCCCGUGACGUGAAGCACAUCAAGGUUCAAGCGUGGGGCGGUGGCGGUGGCAGCGGGCUUCUUCACGGCUUCAAAAGCGGCCACGGUGGCGGCGGCGCCUUUGUCGAAGGCAUUCUCCCCGUCUUCCCCGGCGAGACGCUGAUGUUUGUCGUGGGUGGCGGCGGCCAAGGUGGUGUGUUUGGCGAAACCACGCCAAGUGACACGGAAAGUGGGCUGCCGCUUCUGACGCGCCAUGCGCUUUUGUAG